UGGAUUGACGAUAGCGCCAGCUUUAGAUCUCGCUAUAUAGCUAGCAAGCUAGCUAGAUUUGUAACUUUCGUUAUCGAUGGUAUUUUGUAAUAUAACAAUUUCAUAUCCCUAAGGAAGAGACAUAAUUUACACGUAUUGAAAUUGUAAGGACACUUGGCUUGGGAAAGGCCUCUCUGUCUCUCUCUCUCUUUCUCUCUGGCAGCUGACUUGAUCCUAAAUGUGAACCCGGUCACAAAGACUUGGAAAAGGGAUCACAUCCGAACGUCCUCUGCAGUUGGAAACUGACGUGUACUGUUGAAGACAGAGCCGUGUCUCUUUUUUUAGGACUGGUUUGAAUUGAAUCGAAUGAUACACUGGACUAAAGAAUUGAAUGUUCUGUCUACCACAUGCUUAUGACUGAUACACAAGAACAGGAAUAGUACUUUUCUUCAUGGUGAAUAAAGUUGACAGUCGCCAUGUCAAGACCCCCUUCGCAGACCACUCCGCAGGCCUACAGGGUCAGCGACAAAGACCUGACUGAGAUUGAGCUCCAUUCUGUGGACUCCAUCAAUGACCUUCACCGGACACAUCCUGACCACAACCACAAAGGGUCAAGGCCACCCCGCCCAACUUAUACACCUUCUGUGAAUGGAACCCCACAUGUGCAUCACAUGACCAGUGUGGGCAGACGAGGAGGCAAAUGGCAGAGUCAUCUUCAGGACAUGUUGACUCCCAGCUCAUCACGAGCGUACGCCAUGGCAUGUGCUGUCAUCACCCUGCUACUCAUCACACUUUUACUCAUUUUCUACUUCCUGGUACAACAGGGAAGUGCACUCUGGAGGCUGACGGAGGCCGUGAGGGAGAAAGAAGCCUCGGCGGCAGAGCUCACUUUGUUGAUUCAACAACUACAAGAGCUGACACUCAACCUCACAGUCACUCGAGGACGCACAUGAGAGGAGACGGAGCCAACAUAUUCAUUAUGCAUGCUUAUUGACCGACACUACCUUGAUCAUUAUUGUGAUUAUUAUUAUUGUUGUGAUAUUUUACAUGUUUAAGAGGUUUAUAUGGAGGUGCGGUGGGGGUGGACUUUCUUUUUUUGCAUUUUCCUUGACUGUUAUUGCCAGC